UCCAUGUGGCUGUGAGUGUGUGUGUGCGCACCAGACGAGAGGGUUGACAGAAUGAGAUGUGUGGCUCGCUUGCUCUCUCGUGCGCUCUCCCUCUGUAGCUUUCCUUUUCGCACUCGUCGGUCGUGUCGGGUCUCUCCGCAUGUAUAACGUUCACAACAGUAGCAGCAAAAGCGGACUGGCCGUUGGGACUACGUCAGUUAUGAGUUUUCUUCAGGAAAGGUGAGACCGCACGUCAAUUGAAAAAGAAACCUGAAGUUUUUGCACAAAUAAGAAAUAGCCGAAGAGGAGACUACGACUGUGACUAUGUAUUCGGUGAAGAUGGUCGACUAGGAGCAAAUUUAGGGUUUGCAGUCUUCGUCUAUGAUUCUAAGAUAGAGGAGUAUUUUACAGACCGUUGGUGCUGUAAGGAACCUGGGGCAUUUCAAAAUAAGGUGUCAUGUGAUGUCACCGGGGAGCCCGUUCAGGAAGUGACCUGACCUCCUCACUCAGCCCGCUAUAGCAGCUGGCAACCAUGGAGGACGCGUGGGACCUCCUAACCCUGCCGGCCAACAUGAGCGAGCCGCUAAUGUACGACGGCUACCUGCCCUCCUCCUCCUCCUCCUCCCCGUACCCGUCCCCGUCCCCCUACAACGACUCCGGCGGGGGUGGGGGGCCACCACCCAACGCCACCAACGCCGACCAGCACCCGACCAGCACGGUGGUCAUCACCAUCGUCUACUUCGUGGUGUGCAUCGUUGGUCUCUGUGGCAACGCGCUGGUCAUCUACGUGAUCCUGCGCUACGCCAAGAUGAAGACGGUCACCAACAUCUACAUCCUGAACCUGGCGGUGGCCGACGUGCUCUUCAUGCUCGGUCUACCCUUCAUCGCCCUGCAGCUGGCGCUGGUCAACUGGCCCUUCGGCCUGUCGCUGUGCCGCGUGGUGAUGACCGUGGACUCGCUGAACCAGUUCACCAGCAUCUUCUGCCUGAUGGUGAUGAGCAUCGACCGCUACCUGGCCGUGGUGCACCCCAUCAAGUCCACCAGGUGGCGCAAGCCGCGCAUGGCCAAGAUGGUGAACCUGGCCGUGUGGGUGGUGUCGCUGCUGGUCAACCUGCCCAUCAUCAUCUACAGCGGCCUCAUCCCCAACCGCGAGGGCCUGCUCUCCUGCACCAUCGUCUGGCCCGAGCCGCAGGAGGCCUACUACACCGCCUUCAUGUUCUACACCUUCCUGCUCGGCUUCUUCCUGCCCCUGCUCGUCAUCUGCCUCUGCUACCUCUUCAUCAUCAUCAAGGUGAAGUCGUCAGGAAUCCGCGUGGGCUCCAGCAAGCGCAAGCGCUCGGAGCGCAAGGUGACGCGCAUGGUGUCCAUCGUGGUGGCGGUCUUCGUCUUCUGCUGGCUGCCCUUCUACGUUUUCAACGUCACCUCUGUGACGGGCACCAUCAGCAGCACGCCGGCGCUGCGCAGCACCUUCGCCUGCGUGGUGGUCCUGGGCUAUGCCAACUCCUGCGCCAACCCCAUCCUCUACGCCUUCCUCUCGGAGAACUUCAAGAAGAGCUUCCAGAACGUGCUGUGCCUGCAGUGCUCGGGCAGCAGCAGCGGCGGCGGAGGCGGGGGCGGCGCGCUGGUGGACGAGGCGGAGCGCAGCAACAGCCAGCAGGACAAGUCGCGCAUGAUGAACGACCCCACCGAGACGCAGAGCACGCUGCUGAACGGGGACCUGCAGACCAGCAUAUGAUGGAGAGACGGGCCCAGGACAAAGUCAUAAGAAAGGCCCCCCCCACCCAAGAGGAAUAAUGGGCCCUGCUUUUCUCCCUGGGCCUGUGACAACUCACCCCUUCAUCAUAUGCUGGUCUGCAGGUCCCCGUUGAGCAGUGUGCUCUGCAGACCAGAUGCAGAUACUGUGGAGAUCAUGUGCAGACCACCGUAGGAUAUUGAUGCGUAGGGCCCAGCUGACUGCUUUGGUCAAUGGGUCCAGGACAAAGUCAUGUGAAAGGCCAGGACUCUUGGAAUCUCAGGUGUGGAUGAAGACACACAUUCAUGCACACACACACACACAUAUACACACACA